AUGUGCCGUGUCCAGGUCUCCGCUGUGGGCUGCAUGUCGAGCUGUGGCUGUGUGGUACCACUGGUCCAGCUGGGCUUUACUGCCUCCUCUGCCUCCUCUGGGUCCUCUGCCUCCAGCGGCUCCAGCUCUAUUAGGCAGGAAAGAUGUGGGGUUUGGAGGAGGUUUGCUUUGGACGAGGGACGCGUGGUUGUACCCAGAGGAGCGGAGUCCAAAAUGAGCUGA